CGAGUUGUGGAAACUCUCUCUGGGUCUGGUUUGGGUCCUGGAUUCUACUCUCGUUCUCUAAUCAUUUGUUUAUAUGCUUUCAGAGAGCUUCGGUUGAAUGUUUGAUUCGCAGUUGAAGUUGGGAUAUCAGAGAAGCAGGAACAAAGAAGAUAAAUAUUCCCUCCCAAGUCCCAACCAGUUGUGCCAAUAUGCUAGGCCGAAAAAGAUUGGUUGAAUCCCUACUAAAGAAUCCGUUGAAGAACCAAUUUGCAGGUUUUUGUACUACUACUACUACUACUGAGAAAGGAAAGAGCAAAACAUUCCGUCGAAGGGUAGUUCCCUUCUUGCUUUUUAGUCUUACUGGAGGUGUUGCAUUAAGCGCCGUUAAUGAUCUUGCAAUCUAUGGCGGUUGCAGUAGUAAGGCCUUGGAGAAAGCAAGUCAGAGUCAGGCGGUUAUAGAUGCUUUAGGUGAACCUAUUGAAAGGGGUCCCUGGUACAAUGCUUCCCUUGCUGUAGCUCACAACAGGAGUUCAGUAUCUUGCACAUUUCCUGUUUCAGGGUCACGAGGAACUGGUAUUUUUCAGUUAAAGGCUGUGCGACCAGGAGAUGAUGCAUUGCUUCCAGCACUAUUUCCAUUUUUACGGCGUCAAAACUGGGAGAUCCUUAUGAUGGAAGCACUUAUACAUAUUCCUUCAAAUGACGAGAAGAACCAGACACUGAGGAUCAAUCUCUCAGAUGCUGCUGCUUCUGCCAUACCAUAUCCGGGGAACAAACCCCCUAGUUGUACAAGGUCUCAAGAUCCAAGUACUCAAGAAAGUUGAUGCUUUUUCGUUCGGAUGCGACAACCAGAUGCUGUCUGCAAAUUUUUUUGAAGCAGUUGUAGUUGUCUAGUACACAUGCUUAUAGGGAUUUGGGUAAAUAACAUUUUUGUAAAACUGCGUUAUUGAAUUUAUAUGUAAUGUUUGGUGAGAAAUAAUGCGGUGAUUCUGUAAGCAAUUUUCAUGAGUUAGUAGCGGCUAGGGUCUGCCUUGGACGAUUUCCUGGUGAUGAGAUGAUGGGAAUCAUAAAGACAUUUCUUACUCUUGAAGUCUGAAUCUUUGAGCAGAUCUCUUCCAGGUAGCGGAACACUCAGAAAUUGAAUAAUCAUUUUGUCUGAGCUACUAACUUAUACAUGAUGAGAAAUGAGUGUUUGGAAUGAGAAGUGAAUAGUGUCAAGAGUUACGACUUGAUAGUAAAGAGAUUACCGAUAAUACCCUCUCUAUCCAUUUGACUAUUUGAGAAAAGUUGGGGUUAUUGGUUAUUGCUUGUUUUUGUUUCUGGUUUGAUAUAUGCAUUACUACUCUGUAAUAAACUGAACUUGAAAUCUCUGCCUUUGAUUUCUAUGUUAGCUUUGACAUGGA